GCGCACCUCCGUCACGUGACUCAGACCGGGGCCGGCCGGCUCCCAGUCAUGUGUCCGGAGGCGGAAGUGCGCGGGGAGCACCGGGGCCGGGCAGCGGCGAGGGGCUGAACGGAGCGGACUCAGGAGCCGGGACCAUCCGGGCUCAGGGGGCAAAGGCACGGAUGGUGCUUGGAUGAACAACCUGGCCGACGUGGAUUCGUUGUUGAGCGAAGGAUGCUUGCCCGCGGCAGACAGAUAUUUGUUGGCUUCUCGGGCUACUGGAAGCCUUUUUUCAGAGGCCGGUUCCUUCUAGUUACAAACACUGUGAGCUGUGGGGCUCUCCUGGCGACUGGCGACACCCUCCAGCAGACAUGGGAAAUGAGGAAGGACCCGGAGCGGAAGCGGGAGCUGGGCCGCACAGCUCGGAUGUUUGCUAUUGGCUGCAGCAUGGGCCCGUUAAUGCAUUACUGGUAUCUCUGGUUAGACAGAGCAUUUCCUGCAAGUGGAUUAAAAGGAAUUAAAAUUGUCCUGAAGAAAGUCUUCAUCGACCAGAUCGUAGCAUCUCCGGCCUUGGGAAUCUGGUAUUUUCUGGGGAUGGGGUCGCUGGAGGGGCAAACGCUGGAGGAAAGCUGGGAGGAGCUCAGAGAGAAGUUCUGGGAAUUUUACAAGGCAGACUGGUGCGUCUGGCCAGCAGCUCAGGUGAUUAACUUCCUGUUCCUUCCUCCCAAGUAUCGGGUGAUUUAUGUGAAUGUGGUGACCUUGGGCUGGGACACAUACCUUGCCUACCUCAAACACAGGCACAAGCAGCCGCUCGGUGCCGAAGCUUAGCUGAAGAGCAGCAUUCAGCAUCACCACACUGGGGUGAAAACUGGGGGCUGACAAGCUGUUUGCAAGGACUGCUGCUCUGUGUCCAUCUGUUCCUGUGAGAUGCCAAUCAAGUGCAAAUUCCAGAUUCGUUCCUGGGGGAGGGAGCUGGCUCCCAUGCAGACCAGAAAAAAUAGCCUGAUCAAGUGAACAAAAUGCUUCCUGGAGACAAAUCACUGCCGUCGUCCUGUGGCUGACCUAUCCAGAUGGGUGUGGAAGAGAAACAUGAGGGGGGGUCUCUCUCUCUGAGUUAGCAUUUAACUUGCUAGCCGCAAACCCAAUGACUUUUUAAAAUGAAGAAUCAUGUGUCAACAGGCUGCGUAACCGGACUGAGUUUCUUAUUCCUCCACUGACUUCUGGGGAAGCGGGGCAGGUGCUCCAUGUUACUGUUUGCCACUAAGUGAGCCAAGAUCCUUAAAAUAAUCCCAUGACUUGGAACCAACUUAAUUCAUUCUCACUGUGUCUGAAAACUGUAUUUUGCUAGAAACGGUGAUGUGCCAAAAUGUCACUUAAAAAAAAUUAUGAGACCUUAAUGAUGUAGUUUGUCUUGUGAAACAGUAACUGCGCCCCAGCGUGGGAAUUUAAAGCUCAUCCUCGAGGGGGGGCUGCUCACUUAGAACUGGAGCUACGGGGUUGGUGAAUGUUAAUUAAGAAACCAGAGCUUUGGUCUUCCUUGCAGUCAGGCUGCAGACAGUGAGCUAAGGCCUUAGCAAGGCAAACAGAUGCCUCAGGCUUGAGAAGGGACCCUGGAUCCGUCAGACCCAGCUUUGUAGAAAGAGCCCCCAGUCCAGGCUUAAGAGAAAACAGCAACGGAGUCGAUGGGGUCCCUUCCAGCCACAGCCUGGCGAGUGUGAGCCCAUUCGGCCUCGCAGAGCAAGGGCGUUCCAGGACAGGGGAACUAGUGCCGUGGGGUAGUGCUUGAGCCCCUCUGCUCGAGGACUCAACCCCUGGGGCUGCCGAAAAGGACCCGGAACGACUUGUGAUCAGC